CAAAAUGAUUCAAAAGAAACUUAUAUUAUAAGAAUUGAUGUGCAAGUCCUCGUCAAAUAUUUGUCACUCUCCUGAAAAUAUCCGAAAACGAAGGCGUAGAAGAAAUUAAGAAAGGAAAUUUCCAAUGACGAUUUUAUGUAUUUGAAUUAAAGGAUUUGCAUGAAGACAAUCAAUUAGCAAGGGAUUGGCGUUGGCGGGAAUGGCGAGCCUAUUUCGCAGGAAAUCUGGAAAUGAUGAUCUUCAAGCCUUUUAUCCAAUUCGACCCGAAUGCGUUGCUGACGUCCCCAAGGCCCGUUUUAGAAACCGGGCUGGGAAAACUCUUAGUCCAAGAAGAUGGCAAGCCGCAUUCUCUGAUGAUGGUCAUUUGGAUAUAGCAAAAGUGCUUAGACGAAUCCAAAGAGGGGGUAUUCACCCUCAAAUCAAAGGGUUCGUAUGGGAGUUCUUGUUGGGUUGCUUUGAUCCCAACAGCACCUUUGACGAACGAAGUAAACUGAGGGAACGAAGGAGGGAACAAUUUUGUGGAUGGAAAACUGAAUGUCAAAACAUGGUUCCCACCAUUGGUAGUGGAAAGAUAAUUACAACUGCUAUUGUAUCUGAUGACGGGCAAUUGUUACAAGAUCCUUUAGCAAACAAUGAUUCACAAGAUCAGGAUUGCCUUGUAAAAAGUGCUAUUUCUGAUAAAAAAGUGCUUCAAUGGAUGCUUUACUUGCCUCAAAUUGGUUUGGAUGUUGUUCGCACAGAUCGAGCUCUUGUCUUUUAUGAGAGUGAAGUGAAUCAGGCAAAACUUUGGGAUGUUCUUGCAAUUUAUUCAUGGGUUGACAAUGAUAUUGGUUAUGUUCAAGGAAUGAAUGAUAUUGCCUCACCAAUGGUAAUUCUUCUUGAAAAUGAAGCAGAUGCCUAUUGGUGUUUUGAGCAUGCAAUGCGAAGACUGAGAGAAAACUUUAGAACCACUACAAGUUCAAUAGGGGUGCAAGCACAGUUAAGCACACUCUCACAAAUUAUUAAAACCAUUGAUCCUAAGCUUCAUCAACACCUUGAGGAUCUAGAUGGCGGAGAGUAUUUGUUUGCAUUCCGCAUGCUGAUGGUUCUUUUCCGGAGAGAAUUUUCCUUUGUGGAUGCAUUGUAUCUUUGGGAGCUGAUGUGGGCCAUGGAAUACAACCCAAACAUCUUUUCAGCCGAUGAGUCAAAUUCAAAUAACAAUGGUGCAUGUAUACUAAAUGACAAGCAGCUAAAGCGGUAUGGAAAGUUUGUGAGAAAAAAUGUGAAGUCUGGACAGUCGGACCAACAUAGUGCGCUUGCUGUUUUUCUUGUAGCAAGUGUUCUUGAGACCAAGAAUAAGAAACUUUUGAAGGAGGCCAAGGGUCUGGAUGAUGUUGUCAAGAUUUUGGGUGACAUUACUGGAAAUUUGGAUGCUAAAAAGGCAUGUCACGAGGCAUUGAAGAUUCAGAAAAAGUAUCUUAAUAAGACCAAGAAGUGACAGAUGUAGCUGGAUGGCAUCACUCUGCAUACUGGUUUUCAUUCCCAAAUUUUUGGUGGCAUUCAGCAGAAUUGCAAUUUCCUGAGAUUUUGGUAUUUUUCUGAUAGAUUAUUUUUUUAGCUCGCCCUGUUGAGUAUAUAAUGACUUCCUUCUUUGGAAAAGCUAAGUAAAUGAAGUAUUGGCUUCAGCAGCAUUAUGAGAUUUGCCAGUUUGUGAUUCUUUUUCAGUGUCACUUUUAUUUAGAGCAAUAUACAGAGAUUGGCCUUGUGUGAAAAACAGAGUUACCAACAUUUUUGUGAUGUAAUUGCAGUAACAAGUACAAUUUAUUCUUUAAAAUCUCUAGAAUUAUAUCUGUUUGCAAUCAA